CCAGUCCUCGCCUCGCUAUAGGGCGGAGCUGCUGCAACCCUGACAGACGUUGACUUUCGGGACCUGUGGAUUCUGCGUUUCUGUGGCUUAUGGCGGCGGUCAUGGAGGGAGGUGCUGCUGGCGAGGCUGAUGCGGCCGAAGUGCUACCCCAGCACAAAUUCGACUGCAAGUCCCUGGAGGGUUACCUAAACCAGCACUUGCCUGGCUUUGGGGCCGAACCCGGGGCCGCGCUGACGGUUGCCCAGUACAGAUCAGGACAGUCCAAUCCAACCUUUUAUCUGAAAAAGGGCUUUCAAGCAUAUGUACUCAGGAAAAAACCACCAGGUUCACUUCUUCCUAAAGCACAUAAGAUUGACAGAGAAUUUAAAGUCCAGAAAGCCUUGUUUUCUGUUGGAUUCCCUGUUCCCAAGCCUAUACUGUACUGCAGUGAUGUAUCUGUCAUUGGAACAGAAUUUUAUGUGAUGGAACAUGUGCAGGGUCGAAUCUUUCGUGAUCUCUCAAUACCUGGAGUUAGUCCAGCAGAACGUUCGGCCAUAUAUGUGGCCAUGGUAGAAACCUUGGCUCAGUUACAUUCCUUGAAUACACGGUCAUUGCAGCUGGAAGAAUUUGGUAUAGGUGCUGGCUACUGCAAAAGACAGGUAUCAACCUGGACAAAGCAAUAUCAAGCUGCAGCUCAUCAGCACAUCCCUGCCAUGGAACAGCUAUCUGAGUGGCUAAUGAAAAACUUGCCAGCUAAUGACAAUGAAGAGAAUUUGAUUCACGGAGAUUUCAAGCUAGAUAACAUAGUUUUCCACCCUAAAGAGACUCGAGUUAUAGCCGUACUGGAUUGGGAGCUUUCAACUAUUGGUCAUCCUUUGUCAGACCUAGCUUAUCUUGCCCUGUUCUACUUUUGGCCAAGGACAAUUCCAGUGAUAAAUCAACGUUUCUGUAUUCAAGAAAACACAGGGAUACCAUCGAUGGAAGAACUGAUUUCAAUAUAUUGCCGCUGUAGGGGAAUUAAUUCUGUUCUUCCUAACUGGAAUUUCUUUCUUGCCCUUUCACAUUUCAAAAUGGCUGGAAUAGCACAGGGAGUAUAUAGCAGAUAUCUUCUGGGAAAUAAUUCAUCCGAGAAUAGCUUUCUAUUUGCCAAUAUGGUGCAACCUCUGGCAGAAACUGGAUUACAACUCUCAAAAAGAACUUUCAAUACUGCAUUACCACAGACUGAUACUACCAGACAGUUGUUUAUACAGACAAGGAAAGGCCAGGAACUUCUUGCUAAGGUGAAGCAGUUCAUGAAACAACACAUCGUUCCAGCUGAAAAGGAAAUGGCCAAAGCAGAGGGCCUCUGGAACUUGUUUUUGCCAGCUGUGAGCGGUAUCAGCCAGGUGGACUAUGCCUUGAUUGCUGAAGAAACAGGAAGAUGCUUUUUUGCUCCAGAUGUCUUUAACUGCCAAGCACCAGACACAGGGAACAUGGAGGUACUGCACCUCUAUGGAAGUGAGGAACAGAAGCAACAGUGGCUUCAGCCUCUUCUUCAAGGGAACAUUGCCUCCUGCUUCUGUAUGACAGAACCUGAUGUAGCUUCAAGUGAUGCCACAAAUAUUGAAUGCAGCAUCCAACGAGAUGGCGAUAGUUAUGUAAUUAAUGGCAAGAAAUGGUGGAGCAGUGGAGCUGGGAAUCCCAAGUGCAAAAUUGCAAUUGUUUUGGGAAGAACUAAAAAUAUUUCUGUCUCCAGACACAAACAACACAGCAUGGUUCUUGUUCCUAUCAACACACCUGGAGUAGAAAUAAUAAGGCCUCUGUCAGUUUUUGGCUAUCUGGAUAAUUUUCAUGGAGGACAUUUUGAGAUCCAUUUUAAUCAAGUACGAGUUCCUGCCACCAAUUUAAUACUAGGUGAAGGUAGGGGAUUUGAAAUUUCCCAAGGCCGCCUCGGACCUGGCAGAAUCCACCACUGUAUGAGAACAGUCGGUUUGGCAGAACAUGCUUUGCAGAUCAUGUGUGAACGGGCAUCACAAAGGGUAGCCUUUAAGAAGAAACUGUAUGCACAUGAGGUUGUGGCUCACUGGAUUGCUGAAAGCCGCAUUGCCAUUGAGGAGAUCCGCUUGUUGACGCUGAAAGCCGCCCACAGCAUAGACACUCUGGGCAGUGCUGGCGCUAAGAAGGAGAUUGCAAUGAUCAAAGUGGCUGCCCCACGGGCUGUCUGCAAAAUUAUAGACCGGGCCAUCCAGGUGUGUGGAGGAGCUGGCGUUUCCCAGGAUUAUCCUCUGGCUAACAUGUAUGCCCUCACUAGAACUUUGCGCUUAGCAGAUGGGCCUGAUGAAGUCCACCUCUCAGCCAUCGCAAAGAUGGAACUGCGGGACCAAGCCAGAGGACUGACAGCCAAGAUGUGAGGAGAGUGACACCACCACAUCCCUCAGGCCAAAACUCUCCUUUAUACAAACUUGACUCCAACAUUUGACUCUCAUAUUUUUGCAGCAGUUUGAGCACCGGGUUAAUUACUUGUGGUAAAGAUUUUAGCAUCUAUUUUGAUGAGUGGGUUUUAUAAUUUCAAGGAUUGCACAGGUUUAAGUUAAACAAGAAAUUCUAUCGCUGUUGUCAUUCAGUCUAGUGCCCAAGUGGUUCAGCAUUUACUUUUUAAAUAUAACAUGUAAAGAGAUCAUGAAGUAAACUGAAGAGCUAAAUCAUAGGCAUAAAAAUAUUCUCACUUUUUGAUUUUCAGGAAUUUUCCAUGUAAGUAAAUAAUUCUAGAAACAUUUCAUCAUUUAUUUUGGAAACAAUAGAAUGGGACUGUCUUUUUAAGGGUUGGUUUAAUACUUUGUACUAAUGUUUGUACUGGAGAGAAGCAUGACUGAUGGAAUUGUUUUAGAAUUCAUAUAAUUGUACACCUCUUCAUAAUUCAACGGGAAGCACUUAUGCAUAAAAUCUGAAUGCAGUUUAAAGUUUACUAGAAAACAUGGCAUCCUAUGAGAAAAUGUUAUUAAGAACCAUUUCAACUGUUUAUAAAAUGUUUAUGAGAACAGUGGACAGUUUGAGCUACAAGAAAGUUCUUUCAUUUUGCGAAGAGAUUAAAGACAGUCUGCUCUGAAUGCCGUUAUGUUAAUACAACACCCAAUGCAAACAUGCUUGUGGCUGUUUACAUCAGCUCUGUCCCAUAUAGUGUAGCCAUUGACCACAUGUGACUCUUGAGCACGUGGAAUGUGGCUAGUACAACUGAAGAACUAAAUUUUUAGUUUUUAAAAAUUUUAAUUUAGGCCGGGCGAGG